UCGUUUCUGAAAUUAAUUCCCCCCUCCCCAUCUCUCUCCUCUUUUCACCAGCGCAGAUUAAAUGGUUCUUUCAGAUCUGCAAACAAUAAAGGAUCAAAUUAUUUAUAGGGAAAUAAAGACAGUGUUUCUUGUUGGCUUAUUGUUCCAGAACUUUAAUAACAUUUUAUUUUCAAGUGGGAAAACUUAGACCAGGGGAAGAAGAAGGAGACAGGUGGGGGGAGAGGAAGUGAGGGGAGGCAGGGAACCCACACACAAAACUCCUGCUGUAUGUAGUAACUUUUAUGAUAUUUACAAUUUCCUCAUGACAACUCACUGUGAUGUCAUAAAUGCUGCGUUCUUGUUCUUGAAUUUUACAAUUCUCAAAACUUCCAAAAUGGAUCCAAGCAGUACUCUGCAUGGAGGGAUAUAAGAGAAGCCAGAAAAUUGGGGAUCGUUUGUUUUCAUUCUGGAGGCCAAAAAUAUUCUGAGUGUUCUGGAUUUUAAUUUUCCCUCCUGGGCCAAACAGGACUAUUUGCUUUCCCUCCCUGAAAUGUCACUCAGGAUCUGAAUUCCCUCCCCAUUCCCAAUGGGGAUGAGACAGUAUGUCUGAAUGCUUUCUGUAUGCCCCCUCCUCAGUUGAUACUCAGCUGCUUGGGACAGAGGUUGGAGGCUUGGGGGCCAGGCCCCCAAAGCCAGAAAUGAUUUCUUCCAGAGGGGGCCCAAAUGGGCUCAGGGUUGAGUGCGAUGGGACAGAGAUGUUGAAGACCUACUGUACUUCUUAACCUUCAGCCAGAGAAGCCAAACAAAUGCCGGUGUGGGAGUUUGUGUCUGCUGAUGGUAGCAGCAUUAAGUGGAGUGGUGGUAAAGAAAGGUCAGGCAGAAAUCUGGAAAGAGAGAGGGAGAAGAGAAAAUAUGAUGUGAGUUAGCUGAGACCCUCCAGGUACCUUUCUUCUCUGUUUAAUUGCAAAUAAAGCAAAAGCAGCUUGGGCAGCCUCUCAACCUCUCAGCUCAAAAGCGCAGGCCUCUGAGGUGUUUGGGGCAGUUCUCAGGAGCUUGACAUGCCCCAUCUGGCCUUUUCCUCUAUCCCCCCUCCCUGCUGCCCCCCAACUCCAUUCAGCUGGCCAGCCUGGGGCCCUGUCCCCAGAAUAUUAGCACCCCCAAAUGGGAUCCAUUUCCGGGCUGGGUGUGUCAAAUUUCACUUUUCUCCAAGUGUCUCCAUGCCUCAACUUUGAAAGGAGAAAGAGCAUUCUUUUUUGCAGUACAACACAUGUGUGGAGAGGUAUGAGCUCAGACAGUUUCCCCACUGGAUCUUUGAGAAGCUGGGGGCUCCUUGGGUCAGCUAUGCUGGGGUAUCCCCAAGCAGACCCAGUUCCCUGCGUUCAGGUUCUCUGACGGACUAGGAAACUCUUUGCAAGCCUUUUACUCUGCAUUCUGUGAAGAUCAAAGGAUCUCUUACACAAAACACUAGGCAUUUGGAGUAGGAUUUAUUUUUUUAAUUUUUAAAUAAAAAAGAAAUCCUAUCAUAAGCCAGUCGGGCCAACUGAGCAAUCACUCUAGAACAGCAAAGCCUUAACCAAACAGUGCUAUUGUGAGGUGAGCUGAACAAUUAUUGAAACUCAGCUUUCUCUGCAAGAGGGAUUUCAGCCCUCGCCCAGUGGCACAAAAGGGGCCAGUGGGGCAACCGCUCCUCUCCCGCCCUGGAAGUCGAGGAUCCAGGGGGUGGGCCGGGCAGCUGUAGGGGCUUCCAGGCAGCCAGGCAUUCAGGCCGACUGCUGAGUCCCGCGGCUCCAGUGCCCACGUCCCUGAGCAGCCUUCGGAGGCGCCGGGCUGCAGUUGGCGCCGGCAGCCAGGAAUGGAGUGUGUAUGUAUCUGUGUGUGAGGCUGGGUGAGUCACAGACAGCGGUGCAGAGUUGGGGGAUCUGGGGAGAGAGAGAAGACUGGCAGAACACAAACUAACCAGGACCUCUGGAGAAGACUGGCCCCAAAUAAAAAUUCCAGAUCUCAUGCCUCUCACUUCACAUACUCUUCCCCUAGAAUUAAUUAAUAUAUUUCCCAGAGCAGAGUGGAAAGCAAAGGCAGGCAAGGUGAGGCCCACCCAUGAACCUCUCCAGGGCCAGAGGCCAGACCCAGCCACCCUCUCCCCAGUUCAGAGAUACACAGGCCCCCAACCCCCAUUCUGGAGCAGGAUAAGGCUAGAAUAGGAGCCUUAACACUUGCCCUGGGAAACCCUCCAGUGUCCAGCCUCCAAUGCAACCCUUGGGGACUCCCGACCAAUGACUGCCCCCCAUUUAGGCUCAGGGCACCUACAAUGAGUUCUCUCCUAUAAUUAGUGUUCAUGAAAAGCAUAUGUUUUGGUUGCUGGGACAGGGAGCCGCAACUUUCCCCCUUUAUUCCUUUUCUGUAUUUUUUGAAUUCUGUUUUUGAAUCCACUGAUUCCAGCUCCGAAAGCGAAAAUCCGUUCUUGCCGCCAACCCCCCUCCCUAUUCCAGAGGCCGAAGGGGCAGAGCAAGUCGGAGACCUAUGGGCCUGAUGAGGGGAUGUUCUCUGAUUUCUCUAGGCUUGUUUUAUAGAAACAAAGAACUAGUUCUCCCCCCUCCUUCCCAGGACUUGUGCAUAUUUACAAGAGCUCAACUGCAGUUUUAAUAAAACAUCUGUUCUUGCUUCUGCUGAUGAGUUUCCAUAAUUGUUUUCAGACAAAUUUAACAGGAAAAUAUAAAUAUAUUUAGAAAAACCCAAGUCCCAGCUUUCCCCCCAUAGACAGUCGUUCUUUUGCCAAAAAAAUAAAAUUAACAUGAAAUGAGAAAAGGAAAAUAUAAUCCAAGGGAGGGAAGAUUCGGCUCAUCUGACUUGUUCUCCCCCCUUGGAGCGAAUCCUUCCAGCAAAUUUCAGCUGCAUAAUUAAAGAUCUAACUGAAGGAAGAAGGCUUCUUUCCUGAGGAACGAAAGGUGAUGGGGGAAAAGUGUGUUAGAAACUAAUUUUGCCGAAAGUCUUUAAGCAGUGGCAGAAUUUAUUUGUAUUUCUGCUUCCCCUUCUCCCCUCUUCCAGCAUUUCUGCCUCCCCCCACCCCCAGCAGCUGGUUCCUGUUCAUUAUAAAUUGGCGAGACCUUUCAGUCUCUGCCCUCUGUUUAGGGACGUAAUAAAACACUUAACUUUCCGGGGCUGAGACUUACAUUCUGCUCCUCAGGGCGCCCACCCCCUGCGCCCACUGCCUUUAGGCCCCAAAGGGGACUCUCCCCAACUUAGGCACCCUUUUCCUCUCCACACUUGGUUUAGAAGGGGCUCAAGAAAACAAACCCAGGCAUCCUUGCUGGGGAACUGCAGCGCAUGCUUCCCCAGAAGCCCCUUCUUUCUUCCAAGGUCCUUCCUUCCCCCACCCACCCAUAAAAGAGAUUUUAAAAUACAUAGAAAAUCAACAGUCAUUGAAAGCAAAACCUCAUUAAGACAUCCUAUCUUCCAUCAUUCAAUUUGUUGUACAUUGCAACAAUUUAAUAUCUUGAAGGAAAUAUCACUGACAUGAUUUAUCCCUCUAGCAAUCUCUCUCUGAAGGGGGGGUGGGGAGGGAAUUUACUCUCUCUUCCGGCCUGUUCUACGUGUAACACUGCUGUCCUUAGGGCAGAAUUGAGACUGGGAACUCUGAGAGCGGCUACUGGUGUCCAGGGGGGCACUGACUUGUUCCUUAGUUCAGCCCCCUCGGCCUUCCACCCCCUCCCCACUUCUCUUUCUCUCUCCCUCUUGCCCUCCAGGGGGCCUGGAGCCCCAGCCAGCUGUUGGAAACCCCUGCCCAGGCAUGCCAUGAAUUCGAGGACAGCUGGAUUCUAGAGCGAAAAGCAGCUUAUGCUGGUGUCUGUUUGUGUACCUGCCAUGACACCCCAAAAGAGACAACUCAUCUCAAAAUUUCUUUCUUAUUUUAAGAAUCCUCCUCUAUACUUCACCUUCAUUUCCUUGGGGAGAGGAAAGUAUGGUCCAGGAGAGGGAGCCUUUAUAAUUAUAGGGGCCUUCCCCCUGCCCUUCUAAACACCAACACAUUUCUCUCCUCUCUGAAGGACUGGGGCUGUAUUUUUAUAAGCCAACACAAAUUGUCUCACAGGAAGACUCUUCCAUCCCGUUACGAGGUUCAUGUAUUAACUAACAUGUUGUCUCCAUCAGCUCCUACAUACUGUCUGCUUUUGGGUUCGAAACUUUAUUUUUCCCCCCUAGCGACACUCCAGGGAAACCUUAACGUUACAGAAGAUGAAUAAACGAGUUUUUUUCCCAGUGUAGUCCCGUUUAUGGCUUUAUUGCUACCCAUUGAUUACUCCGCUUUGUUACACAGAAGGAAAAGAUCAUAAAAUCCGGCGACAUCCGGGUUCUUGUUAUAGCCAGUUCUCCCCCUCCCCAAAAUGGUGAGGGGAAAAUAUGAUCUUCCACUGUUCCCUUCGCUUGCCCCACCACCCCCCUCUUUGUCAACUCAGAGCAUUUUCGGCCUAUGUUACAAUAUCAAAAGAAGUUUGGAUUAAUCAGGAGGAAAAAGCCCAUCUGCACACCUUCCGCUGUUUCCGUUCGCCCACUGCGGCUCCUCAGAAGCCUCGGACUCAGCUGCCUUUUCCUAACCUUCUCUUCCUUUUUCUCAGCCCCCAGGUGGGAAGAAAAUGGGGGUAGGGAGCUGCUGAGAGGCCUGGCCCCACCAGGUGUGGCUGGCCCUUGGGAGAGAGCGCCCCAGGAAACCUUGGCUGGAAUCUCCAAGCCCCAGAGCUCAGGUCCAGGGGCAUUUCCCUUGGCAGGACAGCAUCCGAGAGGGGCAGGGGUUUCUGCCCUGGGCAGGGGCUUGAGACUGCAAGACGCUCUGUGUCCAUCAGAGCCCCACCAGCUUUCUCUCUUUGGCUGGAUGCUAUGUGAAUUACCCCAACGGCCCUGGCUGGCUCCAAAUCAUAAAUUCUCACCAACAUAAACAGGAGUUGAUGUGUCUAGAAAGACUCUCAGAGUUCUUUCUUCUUCCUUUCUUCCUUUUUUUCUCUCUCUCCCACCUUUUACUUCUUUCUCUUCCUUUCCUAGUGUAUUUUUAAAUAAAUUUUCCCUUUUAGGCAAAAAUGCUGUAAGAGUUUCCCCCAAAAGGGGUUCCUGAGCAGGAGGAGGGAGAGAAGGGCUAGGAGAAAGAGGAAGCGGAUGCAUGGCUCCUUUGCACACCUCAGCUCUGCCACUGCACUCUGAAGACUCAGCAUUCCCUCUUUAGACUUAGGGGUUCCCCCCAUGCCCCCCGCCACCCCCAACUCUCAGACAUACUCUCCUUCCUCUAAACAGCAUGUCUUAUGCAAUUUCUUUCCAUUCUUGAUUUAAAAAAAAAUUAUUCGGGUAAAAAUAGACUGGUUUAAAGAUGGGAACUCGCUCCUUGGAGUAUCAAACCAGAUUUCCUGUAAGAUUUCUGGGGAACCCCCUGAGCUGGGAAGGAGUUCCUCCUAUGGAGAAAUCAAAGUGUAAUUUUAGAAGAGGGCAGAUAUAAAAGAUGAAAUCAGAUUGAAAAUACAGAGAUUUCUCCUGUGGCCACAGCAUAGCAAAGUUAGCUGGGGCUGAGAGAUUUCCUGGGAGUGCAACUCUCCUUUUCUGGGCCUCAAGGCCCUGCUAGAGGACAUUCACCCUUUCCUUCACCUUCAAAUCAGUUCUCUUACAUAUAUAUUUUUAAAAGAAAUCCAAGUCUUACUUUCAAAGCACACACUUAGUCUCAACUAGGGAAUCAACAGAAGCAGAAGCGAUUUUUUUCCCCCUUCUUGACAUCUGGCUUGCGAUUGGCUAGGAGGGGGUCAGCUGACUUUGUCAUUUUGUCUGUCCUGGAUUGGAGCCGUCCCUAUAACCAUCUAGUUCCGAGUACAAACUGGAGACAGAAAUAAAUAUUAAAGAAAUCAUAGCCCGACCAGGUAAAGGCAAAGGGAUGAAUUCCUACUUCACUAACCCUUCCUUAUCCUGCCACCUCGCCGGGGGCCAGGACGUCCUCCCCAACGUCGCCCUCAAUUCCACCGCCUAUGAUCCAGUGAGGCAUUUCUCGACCUAUGGAGCGGCCGUGGCUCAGAACCGGAUCUACUCGACUCCCUUUUAUUCGCCACAGGAGAAUGUCGUGUUCAGUUCCAGCCGAGGGCCGUAUGACUAUGGAUCUAAUUCCUUUUACCAGGAGAAAGACAUGCUCUCAAACUGCAGACAAAACACCUUAGGACAUAACACACAGACCUCAAUCGCUCAGGAUUUUAGUUCUGAGCAGGGCAGGACUGCGCCCCAGGACCAGAAAGCCAGUAUCCAGAUUUACCCCUGGAUGCAGCGAAUGAAUUCGCACAGUGUGUGUUUUGUGCCCGGAUCUCUAGGGGUCGGCUAUGGAGCGGACCGGAGGCGCGGUCGCCAGAUCUACUCGAGGUACCAGACGCUGGAACUGGAGAAGGAAUUUCACUUCAACCGCUACCUAACGCGGCGCCGGCGCAUCGAGAUCGCCAACGCGCUCUGCCUGACCGAGCGACAGAUCAAAAUCUGGUUCCAGAACCGCCGGAUGAAGUGGAAAAAAGAGUCUAAUCUCACGUCCACGCUCUCAGGGGGCGGCGGAGGGGCCGCGGCUGACAGCAUGGGCGGAAAAGAGGAAAAGCGGGAAGAGACAGAAGAGGAGAAGCAGAAAGAGUGACCAGGACUGUCCCUGCCACCCCUCUUUCUCCUGCUCCCUCGCUCCCCCCAAUACCCUCCUAAUCACACACUCUAUAUUUAUCACUGGCACAAUUGAUGUGUUUGGACUCCCUGAGACAAAAUUAGGGAGUCAAAUAUGGACCUGAAAAGUCAACUCUGGACGCCCCCCUCCCUCACCGCACAAACUCUUUUCACCAGGCGCCUCCUCCUCCUCGCUCCCUCGCUAGCUCGUUCUCGGCUCGUCUGCAGGCCCCUUCCCCCGCCCAGGCCUUGGGGCUCGUCCCAGAACCUCGCUUUAGACUCCACAGAUCUCCCUCCAAACGAGGACUUGGCCUCCCACCCCCUCGGCGCCCCCCAUCCCCGCCCCCGCUCAGAGAGCCGGCUCCCGGGCCCCGGGGGCCUCUGCUCCCGGGCCUCAGGGCCCGGCCUGGCAGCCGGGGAGGGCGGGAGGCCCGAGGAGGGCGCGUCGGGGCCCCACAGCAGCCCCCAGGGCCUCCCCGCAGCCCCCGCCCGGCCCCUCUGCCCCAGCAAAUGCCCAGCCCAGGCGAAUUGUAUUUAAAGAAUCCUGGGGGUCAUUAUGGCAUAUUACAAACUGUGACCGUUUCUGUGUGAAUAUUUUUAGCUGUAUUUGUGGUCUCUGUAUUUAUAUUUAUGUUUAGCACCGUCCGUGUUCCAAUCCAAUCUUAAAAAGGGGAAAAAAGAGAGGGAAAAUUACAAAAAGAAAAAAAAAGUGAGCGACGUUUGUUUAGCCAGUAGGAGAAAAAAAAUAAAUUAAAAAAAUUCCCUCGUGUUACCUUCCUGUAUAAAUCCGACCUCUGGAUCCGUUCUCGAAUAUUUAAUAAAACUGAUAUUAUUUUUAAAAGUUUA